AUGCUAGAGAAGAUCAUCAUAACAAGACACGGCUUCCGCAGCAACUGGGCCAACACAGCCUGGUCACCUUCACCCACAGGCAUCGACGCCGACCCGUCCCUCAGUGCACACGGCACAGCACAGAGUCUGCAGCUAGCGGAUCAUCUGUGUACGACAGGCGGUCACGGUCCAAUUGACAAGAUCUACAGCUCGCCCUUCUACAGAUGCGUACAAACAAUCGCCUACACGGCACGCGCAAGUCAUCAACAGAUCCAUAUUGAAAAUGGCAUUGGCGAGUGGUAUGGCGUUGUCAGCCAUCGAACAGCCUCGCAUCCAUCACCUGCAACGGUCUCUCACCUCCAACGACUCUUUCCACCGCUCUCCAGUCAUUGUAAGUUGAUUCAUGAGGGGUAUCAAGCGCAAUGCGUGCCAAGUACACGGGGUGAAUCCAUGGCUGAUAUUCACGCUCGAGCAAAACAUGCCAUUGACCUCAUCAUUGCUGAUGCUGAAGCAGCGGGUUGUAAGACGAUUCUACUAUGUACCCACGCAGCAACCAAUAUCGCACUCGGUAGAGCACUGUGUGGUGAUGCUACACGCACAAUUCCAACACCCUGUGCGAGUGUUGCUGUGUAUUUACGGAAAGAAGCUUACGUACCUGGAAGACUUGGCGGCUGGCAGGUGGAACGGCUCGGUGAUUGCAGUUUCUUGGAGGAUGGCGCAGAGCGUGAUUGGGACUUU